CUGAAUGUGUAUGUGCUCACACACACAUACAUGUGCACACACACACACGCACACACACGCACUAUUGAACAGGUAGACAGCCCAAGAAGGUCACGAAGCAACAGAGACACAGGAGAAAGUAUUUCUUCAUGGGAUAUCAUGCGGGUCUGUGUGUUCAGGCUGCACACCCAUCAGUGGUGUUUCCUGCUCUGUAAUGUCGUGCUGUUCCACGCGCUGUUGUUUGGUGGUGACAUCGUGGAAGAGUUCCUGCUCCAGUCUUCUCCAGCCGCUUAUACCGACCGUGCUGUACUUGAGCUCCGUGAGCGUGCACGCAAGCUGGAUCUGAGCGACACCUUGCCCAACUCCUCACAGAUUUACCCAAUUAGCUCCAAGCCCUGUUUUAACCACCAAGACCUCCUUUUUCUCACUAUUGUGUUCAGUGACCCGGACAAUGCCAGCCAGCGAGAGGCAAUCAGAAGCUCGUGGGCCAAUCAGACUUUGGUGCAGGACGUGGCAGUACGGACGCUGUUCUUUCUAAACCCAUCCUCCGUGGAGACAGAGCAUCAGGUGGUGCGGGAAGAGUCUGUCCGUUAUGGCGACGUGGUACAGUGCGAAGGGCCUUUGUCACGAGAUCACUGGGGUCAGGUCAAGCUAGCUCUGCGUUGGGUUCUGCUUUUCUGCCCGCAAGCCCGGUUUGUGGUUUUGACCGAGGAUUCGGUUUUUUUAAACGUUCCAGCACUUGGCACCUACUUGCUUACGCUCCGUACCCACCCUGACGACCUGUACCUGGGCAGGGUCAUUCAUAAUGCUUCACCUGAACGAGAUUAUAACAAACCCCGCUAUGUCUCCUUCCACCUCUAUCCAGACCGGUCUUUCCCCGAUUACUGCUCUGGCCCUGCCUUCCUGAUGUCGCAGGACGUAGUGCGUAAAGUUUACGUGGCCUCUAAGGAUGUAGCUCUGGCUCUCCCAUCAGACGUCUUGAUUGGACUGUGCGCAAGAGCAGCGGGCGUUGUGGCUACUCAUAGCGCACGCUUUUCUGGAGAACGUCACGUGCGCUAUAACCCCUGCUGCUAUAACUUCCUGUUCACCUCGGCCUCAGUGGACGGAGAGCUGAUGGGCAUGGCCUGGAGAGAUUUGGGCAAGGGAAGAGGGCGGCGCUGCAGCAUGUUACAAACCUAUUAUAGUUUGGUAGUGUGCAAGGCCAUGACUUACCUGAACGGUGUCAAUUUUCUCAGUGGAAACAAUACAAAAGGAUAAAUAUCUCCAUUUAAAUGUUCAUAUCUAAUAUAGCCUUAAGACGUAUUUACACAAGUAUGCACAAAUAAACGACAUUUUCAAAUCGUUUUUUCAAAAAUUCAGUCCUCAAUCUGUGAUUAGGGGCGUGAUCGUAGAGGAGUAUGACAGUAUGCCAGGCCACGACAGAACAUAAAUACACACAACAUGUUGAACAGAUACAACAAUAGAGUAUGUAACUAUGUGUGUACAUUUCAUGUUUCUGGAUCUAUAAAUACACUACAUGGCCAGAAGUUUGUGGACGCCUCAACAUCACACCAUAUAUGCUUUUUGAACAUGCCAUUCACGAUCCCAUUCCAUCGUGGGGAUUUGCCUAUUCAGCCACAGGCACUGGUCAGGGAAAUUGUAACGCUGCAGCAUACCGUUCAAAGGCAUCCUAAACAACUGUGUGUUUCCACGUUUGUGGCAACAGUUUGGGGAACGCCCAUAUAUGGGUGUGAUCAUUAGUGUCCACAAGAUUUCGGACAUAUAGCAUACCUACAUUUGGAAGUUUUUGUUUGUCUUUGUGCAGUAGUUUAAUAACAUAGCGCAGUAGUGAGUAUAUAUAAAAAGGUUAUAUUAAAGAACAGUCUUUGUAUUUCACCUGGAUACCUUCUUGCGUGUUUGUGUGUGUGCGUAUGUCAGCAAGGUCAUAAAGUGAUGCAUUAUUCGCAAUAAAUACCGCUGUCAUACAACCAUCUUUCCUAUUCUUUUACACGUCAGACCGGACUC